AUGUGUUCUCACAAGACUUUCAGAAUCAAACAGUUUCUGGCCAAGAAACAAAAGCAGAAUCGUCCCAUUCCCCAGUGGAUUUGGAUGAAAACUGAUAACAAAAUCAGGUACAACUCCAAGAGGAGUCACUGGAGAAGAACAAAGCUGGGUCUAUAAGGCAUCGCAUAUCACGAGAUGGCACACAUAAUUGGCACACAUAUUUAAGCGGCACGAAGAUCCCAUGUUCCUAUUCUAUCACUCUGUCAGCAUUCCUCCUACCUGGCCAAUAGACAUGUUUUUUCAGGGAAAUACCUUUUCUCUGUUACUAUGCCUCUAUGC